AUGGAGAAAACGGGGAAAGUGUUGAUGAGCAAGUAUGAGUUUGGCAAACUAUUAGGCCAAGGUAACUUUGCAAAAGUUUACCUUGCAAGAGACCUGAGAACUGGUGACAAUGUAGCUGUUAAGGUUAUUGAUAAGGAGAAAGUCGUAAAAUUGGGAUUCGAGGUUCAAACACAGCGAGAGGUUUUGACUAUGAGACAGGUUAAACACCCGAAUAUUCUGCGUCUUUAUGAGGUUUCGGCUACUAAAACAAAGAUUUACUUAAUUAUAGAGUAUGCCAAAGGUGGUGAGCUUUUUGAGAAAAUAGAAAAAGGCAGAUUAAGUGAGAAUCAAGCAAGAAAAUACUUCCAACAACUGAUAAUCGCUCUUGAUUUCUGCCACAAACAGGGCGUUUACCAUCGGGAUUUGAAGCCUGAGAAUUUGCUUUUGGACGAGAACGGUGAUCUCAAAAUAGCUGAUUUCGGAAUGAGUACGUUCCUGGAAGCUCAUCAGCGCAACAGUUUGCUGAAAACAGCGUGUGGAACUCCGGCAUAUGUAGCUCCUGAGAUUGUGUCCGAAAAAGGUUAUUAUGGAGCUAAGAGUGAUGUAUGGUCAUGUGGAGUGAUACUAUAUACUCUUUUGGCGGGCUACUUACCGUUUUAUGACAAUAAUCUUAUGGUUCUGUAUGGAAAAAUCUACCGGGGCGAAUACAGUUGUCCAAACUGGUUUCCACUUGACAUACGGAGAUUGUUAGCCCGAAUUCUAGACCCUAAUCCGGACAAAAGGAUAACCACUGCUAAGAUAAUGGAAUAUCCUUGGUUCCGAAGAGGGUUAUAUUCGAAAGCUGUUCAAAUGAAAAAAGUGAUUACAGAUGUAGCUGAUGAUGAAAUUGCUGCUGUUAAGCCAAUUCAAGCAUUGGCUCAACCAACAUAUUUAAAUGCUUUUUACAUACUUUCUUUGUCUGCAGGGCUUGAUUUGUCUGUCCUUUUCGCAACUGAUAACAGCGAAAGGGAAGACUUUAAGUUUACUUCCAUGAGCUCGCCCUCUUCUAUCGUGAGAAAAAUAGAGGAUGUUGCGCACAUUUUGCAGAUGGAAAUAGUUAAGACGAAUGGAGGGAUGCUGAAGUUGGAGUGGCCAAGGGAGCGUCGAGAAAAGCCACUUAUCAUUUCUGCUGAAAUCUUUGAGUUCGCUCCGUCUUUCUAUUUGGUGGAGAUGAAGAAGUCCUGCGGCGAUGCUUUAGAGUACCAGAAGAUAAUGAAGGGACAUAUAAGGCCAGCUCUCAAAGAUAUUGUCUGGAUUUGGCAAGGUGAGAAGUAG